GGGGCGGGAGGCCGCGGCGCAGUGCAUCCUGGGUCGGCGCAGCCAUGGCGGCUCGUGUCCUUUCCGCUUCUGUCCGCCGCCUGCCCGCGGCCUUCGCUCCACUGCCCCAGCUUCCCACGCUCGCUCUGGCCCGGCCGCUCAGCACCGCUCUGUGCCCCUCGAGGACCCGGACGAGGCCUGGGGCUCCGCAGCGGGCCUCGGCGCUCGCGCAGGUGCCAGGAAAGGUCACAUAUUUGUACCGCCAAUAUAGUGACGCUCCCCCUUUGACAUUAGAGGGAAUCAAGGACCGAGUUCUGUAUGUGUUGAAACUCUAUGACAAAAUUGACCCAGAAAAGCUCUCAGUAAAUUCACAUUUUAUGAAGGACCUGGGCUUAGACAGUUUGGACCAAGUGGAGAUCAUUAUGGCCAUGGAAGACGAAUUUGGGUUUGAAAUUCCUGAUAUAGAUGCAGAGAAGUUAAUGUGUCCACAAGAAAUUGUAGAUUACAUUGCAGAUAAGAAGGAUGUAUAUGAAUAAAGUAGCAGAGCCUUUUUCCUCUUGGAGAGGACUCAGAGAACACUGGCGAGUGUCUGGGAGUGAGAACACGUGGUGGCAUCAUCGCUGACUGGCCGCAACUCUGUUGGACUUGUAUUUAAAUUGAGUGUUUUGCCCUUUAAAAUAAAUCUCUUAUAAAACCAG